AUGCAUUUGUUGACGGUUUUGUUGCUGAGCGGUUUGAUGGGACUGGCGUUUGCCUGGGAUUUGUAUGCAAUGGAUUUGAGAUCUCUUCUCACGGACAAGGACACCCGCAACAAGCUCAAAGAUCUCAGCAACAAGAAAGACAUGCCAAGAACUCAAAUGCAACAACAACUUCAACAACUCUUGCAAAUGCAACCACAAAUGGUUCAACAAACUUUCCAAACGGUCAUGCGAGCCAAGGAUCAAUUCUACAAUCAGCAAAUGCAACAGAAAAUUCAACAAGCACAACAGAUGGGUCUUGGACAAAUUUGGCAACAAAUGCAACAAAUUGAUCAAAACCUCUCCCUUACCCGUGAUCAAGCUGAGAAAGCGAAAAAAGAUUUGGUCAAAGCUCAACCUGAUCAAAUGAAAAAAGCCAUUGAACAAAUGGACAAAAACUACUACAAAGACAACAUUGAAUUGACAAAGGAU